CGCUUACGUUGAUGCAACCGUUUUUAUUCGGGUUUUGUCGUUUGCUAGGUUGGAAGCAUUCUGGAAUUUCGAUAAAUUAUGGCGGGCGGCAAAGCAGGUAAAGACAGUGGUAAAGCCAAAGCCAAAGCGGUUUCACGUUCCGCUCGUGCUGGAUUGCAGUUUCCAGUCGGAAGGAUUCAUAGGCACUUGAAAAAUCGAACUACAAGCCACGGACGAGUAGGGGCAACAGCAGCAGUUUACUCAGCAGCUAUUUUGGAAUAUUUGACCGCUGAGGUAUUGGAAUUGGCCGGGAAUGCGAGUAAAGAUUUGAAGGUAAAAAGAAUCACCCCUCGACAUCUACAGUUGGCCAUUCGGGGGGAUGAAGAAUUGGACAGUCUAAUUAAAGCGACCAUUGCUGGAGGUGGAGUGAUUCCACACAUUCACAAAUCCCUGAUUGGAAAAAAAGGAGCCCACUCGCAGCCAGCUUAAAUUUAAAUUUAGGUUAGUUGUAUUCUAGGGGAUGAAAAACUUGUACAAUGUGUUCGAUAAUGUGUUUUAAGAUUGUUGCACACAUGACCAACUGUAUGCAAGGCAAUGCAGUAGCAUAAAUAAUCAUAAAUACAUUUUUAUUUUCUUCUAUUUGACUUAAAUUGUUGUUUUUUUUAGAUGUAGGAGUUACACACUCACGAGUAGUUUUAUUUGAAAUACGUUAUUUUAAUGUGCCUUGUCAAUAAUAUUCAAUUUAGUUGUAAAAAGCAACUUGUGUUCAGUUUCUAAUAAAGGAAGACAUUUUCUUAUGGUUUAGUUUAUUGUUUUGAAUGUUUACAUUACAAAAUUCCUUUAUGUUCUAGUUGGCAAAAAACUACCAAUUUCAUUUUAAAAGAAUUAU